UACGACACGACGGCGACGACGACGACGACGACGACGACAUGACGAGUGACUAAAUGACGUUCGACAUAAUAGCAAUGGUAUUUUCUAAGUGAUGGUUCUUCUAUAAAAAGAGUUAUGAAGCGCGCGGGAAUUCGUUAAAAUGACUACAUAAAUUGAUCUAAAUCAAAUUUAAUUGAAAGUUUUUUCUAUAACGACUCGUUUACAAAAAAAAAAAAAAAACAAACCCUUCUUACAAAAUGACGGACAAGGAGGAAGAUACGUUUUGUAAAAAAAUGCGUAAAGCUACAAGAGAAAUUCAUGCCAUUAGUGAUGCUUUGGUAAACGCUAAAUUAGCAUUCGGAUUUCUCGAUGAUUCUGUAUGGGCUGAUGGUCUUCUGGUCUUCUAUGAAAUUUUCCGCUAUCUAGAAGGUGCAAUGAUUAGAUUAAAAAAUACUAAAAUUGGAUUAUUACAUCUUACUGAAUUACAACGUACUGAGGCUUUUGAUCAAGAUCUUGAAUACUAUUUGGGAAAGGGAUGGAUGAAAAACUAUAGUCCUAGAGACAGUGUUAUUAAAUACCUGAUGCGUUUAAGAGAAAUAGAAGAUACAGAGCCCACUUUACUUAUGGCAUAUAUUUAUCACCUUUAUAUGGGUCUUCUUAGUGGAGGAAUUAUUUUACGAAGGAAAAGGCAACUUAUGCAAAAGAUUUCACCUUUCAAAGAAGUAACUAGUUGUGGCAAUAAUAUCACGGACUUUAAAAAUCAUAACAUCUUUGAAUUAAAACGUGAUUUGCGUGAAACGAUGAAUAAAAUAGCUGAUACGUUGGAUGAAGAUACUAAAAAUAAACUCAUUGAAGAAAGUAAAAUAGUUUAUGCCUUAAACAAUGAAUUAAUUAGAAGUGUACGUGGUGCAGGCACUGUUAUCUUCAAAAAAAUAUUUUAUUUCAUUAGCGCACUCAUACUUAUUUUAAUUGUCUUCCUAGUCUUUUUUAAAUAAUAACGAUAAUAGAUCAUUCUCUAUAAAACUUUCUUAAAUUAUGUUUUAAUAUAUUUUUAACUAAUAUUGCACUUGAUCUGAAAAAUAAAUUAUUCA